AUGUCGCCCUUCAACCUGCAAACGUGUGCCCGGCCCAAUAUAUUAACCCUGGAGCCGUACCGCUGUGCUCGAGACGACUACAAAGAUGACGGCACAAACAUCCUGCUGGACGCCAACGAGAACGCCUACGGGCCGGCCGUCGCCGCCGAGGACGCCGCCAGGCAGGACGCCGAGGUCGACCUCCUCGGCCUCCACCGGUACCCGGACCCGCACCAGCACGAGCUGAAGCAGCUCUUCUGCGACCUGCGCAACACGCGCGUGCACACGCAAAAGGCCCUGACCCCGGACAACAUGUUUGUCGGCGUCGGCAGCGACGAGGCCAUCGACGCCCUCAUCCGCUGCUUCUGCGUGCCCGGCCGCGACCGCAUCCUCGUCUGCCCGCCCACCUACGGCAUGUACUCGGUCUCGGCCCACAUCAACGACGUCGGCCUCGUCAAGGUGCCCCUCCUGCCCGCGCCGGACUUUGCGCUCGACGUGGAGGGGAUCGCGGCCGCGCUGUCCGGCGAGAGGGACGUCAAGCUCGCCUACUUCUGCUCGCCGGGGAACCCGACGGGCUCGCUGCUGGCCAAGGCCGACAUCCGGCGCGUGCUCGAGCACCCGACCUGGAACGGCGUCGUCGUCGUCGACGAGGCCUACGUCGACUUCGCGCCCGAGGGCGUCUCCCUCGCCGAGUGGGUCAACGAGUGGCCCAACCUCGUCGUCAUGCAGACCAUGUCCAAGGCCUUCGGCAUGGCCGGCAUCCGCCUCGGCGCCGCCUUCGCCGCCCCGCCGGUCGCCGCCCUGCUCAACGCCAUGAAGGCCCCCUACAACAUCCCCAACCCGACCAGCGAGCUGGCGCGCCUCGCCGUCUCGGGCCGCGGGCUCGCCCGCAUGCGCGGCAACAUGGCCCGCAUCGUCGAGCAGCGCGACCGCAUGGUCGCCGAGCUCGCCCGGACGCCCGGCGUGGGGCGCCUCCGCGGCGGCACGGCCAGCAACUUCUUGCUGUACGAGAUGCUCGACGCCCGGGGCGAGCCGGACAACGCCACCGCGCUCGCCGUCUACGAGAGGCUGGCCGAGAACAGGGGCGUCGUCGUGCGGUUCCGCGGCAAGGAGCACGGCUGCCUCGGGUGCCUGCGGAUCACGGUCGGCACCGAGGAGGAGGUGACGAGGUUUCUGGCGGCGCUCAGGGAGGUGCUCGCCGAUGUGCGAGGGGGCGACGGGUCGGUUCCCAAGGACGAGGCGAGGAGAGAGGAUGUGGCGAACGGCGUUAUUGCAUAG